AUGCCAAAUACGGGUCGCGCGCGUAGAGUUUCGUAUUGUAUUGAAAGGCGAAUUCAUUUAAAACAGUGGAAUGAAGAAACAGAGGAAAAGAUGCCGGAUCAUUUCUUUGAUGCUAAAAUUUACGAGCAGAGCUUAGUCACUUUGCUGGAGGAAGCAAAAAAUAACUCGUUGCUGCCAUUCUGUUCUGUCCGUAACUGUGUCUGCCAACAGCAACAAGCAAGUAAAGCGGCAAUGGAUAGAACGACGACAGCAAUAGCAGUGCCAAUGAUAAUGGCGAUGACAUUGGCAAAGGCUGUGGCACCUUUCACCCUGAGAACUUUCUGCUAG